GGAGGCCCGGGCGUGCGGCAGCUCCGCCCAGAGGCCGGGCGGCCCCAGCGCGCGCCUCUGCCGGGACAAGAGCGCCAGGGGCGGGGGCGGCCUCGGCCUCGGCGAGCGGCUCCGCAGGCGGCGGCGAGUGCACGAGAUGGAGGUGAAAGACGCAAAUGCUGCAUUGCUGAGUAACUUUGAGGUGUUCCAGUUACUUACCGAUCUUAAGCAACAGCGCAAAGAUAGUGGAAAACACAAACAGAGCUCUGGCCAGCAGAAUCUGAACACUAUCAUGUAUGAAACAUUGAAAUACAUAUCCAAAACACCAUGCAGAUACCAAAGUCCUGAGAUUGUGAGAGAUUUCCUCAUAGCAAUGAAAGGCCAUAAACUAACCAAAGCAGAAAAGCUACAGUUGCUUAACCACAGGCCAAUGACCGCAGUUGAGAUACAGCUGAUGGUAGAGGAAAGUGAAGAAAGAUUAACAGAAGAGCAGAUUGAGUCACUUCUUCAGACACUCUCCAGCAUUCUUCCAGGGAACCCAGAGGAAGAGCUGCAGAGACAGGCGACAAUGGCAGCUGAAGAAGAAGGUGACCCAGAAUAGACAGCAUCUGAACCUAAGUUGGCAACAUCAUCAAAUGCUUAAUGAGAAAAGAACUAGCUAAACUUUCUGAUUGCAAAGACCAUGUCUGGGGUUUUUCACCCAGGGCUUAAUCUUGUGUGACAUCGUUGUACAGUAUAUUAAUGUUUUGUUGUAUAAAUCAUGAGAGCAACAGUUCUUUAUAAGAAACAAAUCAAAGGAGAGCUCUCAUGUCAGCCUUUUUUGAGAUGCGAGAAAGAUAGUAACUGGCUUCACAACACAGCAGUUUGUGAAAUAGGGAAAAUAAACCUUAUGCUGGAAUAUUCUUUCUUUCCAUUA